CAUCAAAAACCCGCUUUACUAACCUUGUGAGAGAACUAUAUAUAGGAAUUAUGGCAUUAAUGGAGAGUUGUUUGGAAGAGAUUUUGAUGAAGGUGGCCUUAUUUGUGCUUGUUCAAGCUCUAGUUUAUGUGAUUUUAUCAAAGUCAUCAAACAUCUUCUCCAAGAACAAGACGAUCAGGUCUUUCAGCUUUAAGCCGCCCCGUUCUAUCAGCAUUCGACGAAUCCUGGCCGCGGUCUCCGACUUGCCUGCAGGAGAUGAGCCAUCUCCAUCGUCUAGAGGCUUGAAGCGAUCAUCAACACAAGAAUAUUCUCCCUUCAUUGAUGAUUAUGAAUCUUGAAACUUACAUGUAUUUGAAUUGAUAGGAGUAUGUAUACAUGCAUGUUUCAAUGUUUAUAUUUUUGUAUUUACAGUUCUUUUGUGUGACAUAAAUUGCUUUGAUUAAUAUUCUUAGAUAUAUUAAUAUGAUGCUAUUGCUCAAUAGCUUCAUUUUUUUUUUUUACCUUAAAAAGAACUCUCUUGAUUGAGAGAGUAUAUGUUUACUUAUACAUUGUAUGACUUAUAUUUAACCGAUGUGCGAUACAA